GCGGAGUGGAGUGCGAAUAGUUGAAGGCGGUGCUCGGUGGCGUCAAACUGGGCUCAUAAUGUGAUAUUUAGUGACGGUACCCAUCCGAGGGGAAGGGCGCUGCCUAUAUUUAAAUGGGAAAUCUGUUGGGCCACUGGAGGUUCAAGGAGCCGAGCACCGUGGAGGAAUGCGACUCGACGUGGGGGUCGGACUCGGAGAGCGACGAGCCGGCGGGCGAGGAGGACAGCGGCAUCUCCGAGAGCGUGAGCCCGGCAGAGAGCGAGUGGGCCGCCGCGGAAGACGAUGGAGACUUGCCUCAUCAGCUGACUGACUCUCCAAAGAUGAAGAGGAGUUUUUACGCUGCCAGAGACUUGUACAAAUACCGUCACUGCUAUCCGAACUACAAAAAGUCCCGUCAACCCAAUGAGUUCCUUAACCUGCGUUUCUACCUGAACAAGAUUCCUCUAGUACCUGAUGGUAUUUAUAUAGAAGAGAUUUUGACGGGGUGGCGAGGUGACUAUGACAAGCUGGAGCACAAUCACACCUACAUUCAGUGGCUGUUCCCGUUACGAGAACAAGGGCUCAACUUCUACGCACAUGAACUGACUCAGGAUGAGAUUAAAGAAUUCCAAAGCACUCGAGAAGCCAAGCGGAGGUUCUUGGCAGCUUAUUCCCUAAUGUUGGACUUCUAUGGCAUCAAAUUACUGAAUAAGAGCGGAAAUGUCGCUCGGUCUUCCAACUGGCAGGAACGCUUCUAUCACCUUAAUGAGUCCCAGCACAACUACCUGCGCAUCACUCGCAUCCUGAAGUCCCUCGGCGAACUCGGGUAUGAGGCCUUCAAAGCUCCACUGGUUCGCUUGUUCCUGGAGGAGUCACUGCAUCACAACACCCUUCCCAACAUGCAACACAGCAUCCUGGAAUACUUUGUAUACACCAUUCGCCUGCCGGCCACCCGUAGACGCCUGCUGCGCUACGCCCGCCAGCACUACAGGCCUGCUCACGCCUUCCUCUGGGGUCCUCCACCUAAGAGAUCCAGGUUUAAAGGUGGGGAUGAUGGUGCUAGUGUGGGGGCUGGGAGCAGUGGGAUCCGAGCACCUGCUCCCACACCAGAACCACAGAGAAGGGGGGAGAUGAGCUUCAUCUCUACCUCUGCAUGUAGCGGGUCACUUGUGUCUUCCCACGAUGCCAUAGUAUGCCGUGAUGUGUCGGUAGAGGGGCUGAACAGAUACACUGGAGUGGGCUCCAGCGUGGAUAGCCUGCAGGGGACACUUAUUAUGAUGGCAGAAGGAAAUAAUUACACUGAGGUUGUUCCUAUGUAGGGAGUGAAACAUUUUGUUUAGGUUUGUAAAACCCCAUGAGAAAGUAAAAUAAGAUAUCAAUUUAAUGCCAUGGACAAAUAUAGAUUUUUUUAGUUCUAGAAGGAUAUCUUAAGGGCUUAUAAUAAACCUCUAUUUGCUGAUGAUGCUAGCUGGGAUAAGACUACUAUAGACUCAAUUCCCAAAGUAUGUUAACCCAUUACAUCUGAACACAUGACUGAAGAUUGCCUUAUGCUUAUUGAUUUUGAGGUGCAUUUAUAAACCAGAGGCCUGUCAUGCUGAGGAUUAAUUCAUACAAAGUCGAGACAUGGUGGCUACCAGGGAUUAGAUACUGUAAAUAUGUUCUAUUUUUACUUUUCAAACUCAGUAAAACAGCGACAAAGGAGCAGAUUGUCAUAACAAUGACUAUCACUUAACGUUAUUUAAGUACUUUUUUAACUAGUUAAAUGACAAUACAUUGUGCUACUUACCACUAUCUAUAGCACACGUCUGCUGUAUAGAACAAUAAAUGUGAGUUUUUCAUAGAAACAAAACUUUCUGGGAGGCCCAUUUGUAGUUUUGAGCGCUUCCAUAACGAGUCUACUGACAAAUAUAAGUUUGAACUAUACGCUAGUUUGUAUUACAAAUGGCAACAGGGGAGGAUGCAUGUGCCAGUCCGCCCACAACAAGAGGAUAGAAGAAAAGAAGGAACUUAUUGACUACAAUGUCGAACUACAACGGCCUCUUGGGGUACAUUUCGACCACAUAUUGAAGAUAACUGCUGACGUUACAGGACAGAGCAAAUUUAAAAUGACUCAUUUGCAGGAAAUAUGAAGGAAGGCAAGAUUGUUUUAUAAUUAUCUCUGCAAUGCCUCCAUGGUUUGAUUUGAAAUUUUCGGGAAUUAUGCACAUGCCAAAUACACAAAAGCAGGCUAAUUUUCUGUAAUCGCAAACAGGUCCCCUAACGUAGGUCUGCUAACAUUUAUACAGUGAUACCUCGUAGGGAUGAGCGAUACGGCCCAAAAUAUCACGACAUACAUGGGAAACUCAACGAAACGAAAGUUGAUUCAUUACAGCAAUUUAACUUUAAAUGUGAAACUAAUAUGUGAUGUAAACUUAUUACAUGCAAAGUGAGAAUGUCAAGCUUGUAUGUGUUAUAAUUUUGAUGAUCAUGGCUUACACUUUUUGAAAACUUCAAAUUUUCUGAGAUUUUCAAGUCAAGGUUUUCAUAAGAUGUUAUGAGCCUCUGUCAUAUAAUAGUUUCACCUUGUAAAUCUAAUUGCUAGUAAAAACAAACCUUUGCCGUAUAUUAAAAUGUUUUGAGUUUCAGCUGUAUGUUGCAGCCUCCUGAGAUAGCGAUGUGUUUUACAAUAUCUUAUUUGGCAUAUAAAUUAUAAUAUUACCAAUCAAAAAACAGGUUAUAGAAGGCGAAUUUGUCUGUUGACGUAUGCUGUAACAUAAUUUCCGGUUGUAUUUACAAAUUUGUCAUUGAUCCGAUACCAAGUAGUUAAAGAGGCAGAAUUGGCCCAUACUUCAAAUCAUUGAUUGAUUACCGGUACAUUUUUGAUCACAAUUAUAAUCAGGCAAAACACAGAAUGGCCUUGUAACAAUAUCAAUUACAUUAUUUCCUUAUUCCCUUGUAUAACAUACAAUAUUUGAAGCACAAUAUAGUCAAUAGUGAAAAGAACUUAAGCAAAAACUACAUUUGGCUGCUAUUUAAUUUAUUUGGUUCUGCCCCUAAAGCCUUCGUAUAUCCGGGGACGUAUUUACUAAUUUUGUAAAUAACAAAAACGAAAAAAAAACAUUUUGUGAUUGUAAAAAAAAAAUAAUUAUCCAAUGGUACUUGCAAUAAAUGUAGUUUAUUUGCCGGCAUGAGGGCGAGGAUUAGUCAGUCGCACUGUAGAGAAACGUUACCCGCUAACGAGGACUCAACAUUGCGUUGAGGACGCGUUUGUUUACUUGUGGUUGUCAAAUAUAUAUCAUCUAUAUUGCACAAACCUAGUACCACAUUUUUUGUUAGUAAUCUGUUUCAAAAAGUCUAACAAAGACAGAAUCAUAUGAAAACCAAAACAAUAAUGUAAAUCCAAUUGACUGGUUCCUGACCCCCACCCACCCACAAAAUAUGAAAUACAUAUAAACUUCAAAUGAAAUUUGAUAAAUGAACAUUUAACAUCACUUCUGCCUUUAUUGACAGUGGGGGUUUACCAAGUGUUCUUUAUUGAAUCCAAAAAUGGUUCUCACCUUUUUCAUCAGUGUUCUCACUCACAACUUUCUUUGGCCCCACAGUGGAUUAAUUUGCGGUUGUAGUCAAUUAAAAAAGCACAAAGCCUGAGUCACUAACUUGUGGGAUUCCAUGGACUACUUUGUACGUACGAUAACCACGAUGGUAUAUGAAAACCGAUGCAAAAAGUUUGGCAGAAAUGUUCGCAUACCAAAACGAGGUUCCACUGUAUCUGCAAAAUGUGUCUUUAUUGUACGGACCUGCAAUCAAAACAUUGUUAGCACACUAUAUCUAAUUAAAGGCUGUAUAAAUAUGUUACUAAUAACAUUUUAGUGUGUGAAGUAUUAAUAUUAUUAUAAAUGACUGUUAAAGUACAACAUGUAAUAGUACUAUUUGACUAGUUAAAGAUAUCGCUGUAUUUUAUAGUUAUCUAUUCCGUUAAAUAUCAACUCAACAUAAACUUAUUAAAUUUCUAAUUGUUGUGAAGUGUAUGAAACAAUAUUAAGUAAAUAAUUGUGUAAUGGAUGCCAAUUAGCUUAGCUGUGCGCUAGAACGUUAGGUAAACCUCACUUACUUAUAACCAGCUUAGGGACAUGACAUUCACUCUAUAACUACUUUUAUUCUCCAAGUUUUCACAACCUACUUUUUUGUUUCCCUUUUUUUAAUCGGUGUGAUCCGAAUACUUCUACCGUAAGGUAGAGCUGGAUGUUUUCGGGUGACGAGCAGAGCUGUUCUGUUCAAAUGCUGUUGGAACAACCAGAUUCCUGAAAGAAUGGCUGCUUGUCACCUGAAAGCCUUUUGCACUGAAAACUUUAUGCCAGGUCCGAGGCAGGUGAUGUGAGAUGUGCUGCACUUUUUUGACAAUCUAUGUCUUCCUUUAAAAAGCGCGGUAACGUUACUUCAAAUGGUUGAUUUUGGGCUUGGCUGUAUAUACAAAUAUAGUGAAAUUAGAAUUAGUGUUGAUGAUACAUACACUGAAUUAAAUGUACCUUUUGAAGUAUUGUAUUCACAAGUACGCUAGGUAGUUUUCAAAUUGUAGUUGUAUGUGAACUAGGAGCCCACAAAUGUGAUUUUUUUAAUACUACUGUGAGGAUAUUUGAAUGAAAAUGCUCUAAAACUCAAACAUUGUUUAUUUAUUAAGAGUUAGACUCCUCAUGUCAGAGUUUUCAGGGCAUUGAAUCGGACGCUACUGGACUGUUCACAUUGUCUUAAAAACAUUUUGCCUCUCAUUCAAGCAGAUAUUUGAUCAGUUCCCCUCGGCCAUUGUUGCAACUGAAUGAAAAGCUAAUACACGUGACUCCAUCCUCACUGCUGUUGUGCUGGCAGAGGUCUCACGUCAUUGUUUCUUAACACCUGUUGUUUUGCACCACAAUGGAGUGAAACCAUCCUUGCCUGGGCAUGUCCCCUCCUGUGGCCAUUAAAUACUUUGAAUCCUGUGCGGUCCACUUGCGAUCGAUUCAAUCACCUUAUGAAUGAGAAUAUUCAAAAUGAGUGAAACGCAUUUUCUUGAAUUGUAUCUAUUUUUUGUAGAUUCUCUGUCAUCCGAAAGGGUUCAAUCGAGGCGUGUCACCUUUCAUCCAAAAGGCUUCUUCUAUCUGAAAUUGUAGAUGCAGAGUGGUGUGUCCAUAUUUGUGUGUCCCCAGGAGGUUGUUGCCCAGCGUGGCCGGUGAAACCACAUUCCUACACCUACAGCUGACAUUUCAGACGAUCUGAAUCUUGUGCAAAGGUUGGUUUAUACCAGCAGUUAGAUUUACAAGGUGAAACUAAUGUAUGUUGUGGGCUCUUAACAUGCAACUCCAAAUAUUUCAGGACUUCUUUUGAUAUCACUUUGAUGAUUACAGCCUAUAAAAACAUUGAAUUAAAAAUGGUAAAACAUUUUGGGAUUUCAAAACUGUAAACCACGAUCAUCAAAAUGAUAACAAAGGUUUGACACAUCUCACUUUGUAUGUAAUGAGUUUGUAUCACAUAUUAGUUUCACAUUUGAAGUUGAAAUGCAGAAAUGAAAGGAUGAUAUCCUCAUAUGUGAGUUCCACCUGUGUGCAUAAUUUGCUGUUUGCCUGCCUGGCCGAUCCCUCCAAGAUUUCACAAUGUUUUAUUGGGACUGUUGUGGCCUAAAAUUACCAAUUUUGCAGCGGAAAAAGUAGCAACGAUUUUAGGCUUAUUUUUGUUAAAAAAAAAAACGUUAAUUGCAUCAGCUUGUGAUUUUAUGAAAUGUGUUUUCUUUCCAAAAAAAGCACCAUAUUUCAACAGAUCUAACAAAAUAGACCUUAUUUACACUCAAAUAUGUGCAGAGUUUGGAAAACAAAUAUUUGACGUUUCACUCUACAUUAGCACAGAAAGAAACACAACCUAACUUACACUCAACACUAGAGGGCAGUAUAAGCACGUUCUCUCUUGGUCAAGUUGAAGACAUUCUGUGCAUGUUUUACAGUGGAAAACGUUCAUGUAUGUUACACAAAGUGUUACACAAAGUGUAUCCUCGCUAACGUUGAUAUUCUUUGGGAAUUGUUGAGUGCGGUGAUCUGUGUUGACUAAGAGACACAUCCACAUCUGUCUGUAUAAACAAGGAAGUAAGGAGGAGGAAGUGUUGCUAGAAGUUUCUAUAAUACAUUACCCGGAAUGCUUAGCGCUGUAUACCGGAACUUGAAGAGGGUCUAAGUAAGGCAAAGGUGCCCAAACUGUUUGCCUCCAAGGGCCAAAGUGAAACUGCGGCAUUAGUCUGCGGGCCAAACAUGGCAUUUUAAAGGUACAGCAGCACCGCGAGUAAAGUGUUUAGACUAAGGGGUGUCCAAAGUAUAGCCCACAGCUCUAUUUUAAACAGCCCGUGUCAUUUUAAUAUAAUAAUGUUGCACUUACUUGACGUAUGAUCCCUGUUAGCAUGCCAUUGCUAAUAUGCAAGCUUCUUUUUUUACACAUUUUGUAGGUUUACACACACCUCAGUCAUAUUUUGGUAGUUGAUGAAUGCUACUGUAGCAUUUUAAACACAUUUUUCAGGUAAUACAAACCUCGUUUCCAUAUGAGUUGGGAAAUUGUGUUAGAUGUAAAUAUA